AUGGUCUUGGUCCCGUCACCUUUCCCUGAGAUCGAUCUGUUCUGUCUUCCUGUAGGUGUUCCUGCAGUGGCUGCUGGGAAGGAGGAAGGGGACCUGGGAGAGUUCAGGAACAAGCUAGUGUGUUUCCUGGAGGUCUCUACCAGCUACGAACCAGGCCGACUCAUCUCUGACUUCCCCUUCGAUGGUCUUCUGGAGGAGCGGGCCCUGCUGCUGGGUCGGAUGGGCAAACAUGAACAGGCCCUCUUCAUCUACGUACACGUCCUGAAGGAUACGCACAUGGCCAAGGAGUACUGUCACCGGCAUUAUGACACAGACACAGACAGAAACAAAGAUGUGUACCU